AUGGGCGACAUGGAUUACCGGGUGGUCAACAUCGGGGUGCAGGGGGCAGUGCGACCCGGCUCCGAGUUGCGAGUCGCGGAACUUUACUUGACGCUGAAGAAAUGGUUUAAACAUUGGAAAGUCUUGUAUUAUCCGGAUUUAUCCCCGUACUUGACGAUGAUGCGCAGUUUGCCACGCGACCCGUGUGUGAGCGGGCCCAAGUUACCGUCGACGAUCACAAAUACGUUGCGGCCAGUGCAGCUGGCGGUGUACGAGACGUUGGCUAAGGAGGCGGCGGAGGACGCGCAGUACGCGCAGAUCCUCGCACAGGCGGGUGCGCCCCCCAAUUCACCGGUCGGAACGGUUCCGGAGGCGGACACCUUUCUGCAUAGCACCGGCCGCGCGGCCGUGUACCUCGUGAACCCCACCUCGCUCGCCAUACACCGUGUCCAAGAGGAGCACGAAAUGUAUGCAGCCUGGGGCUUCAUCCUACCCCUGCUUACCUGCUUCCUAGAAGAAGGAGAACCUACGCUCUACGCCACCCUCAUCCAACCAUGA